UGGAAUACAAUCCGACAGUGCCCCACUGUUCGCUGGCGACGCUCAUCGGGCUGUGCAUACGGAUCAAGAUACAGCGAUCUAUACACCAUCCAGUCAAAUUGGAUAUUUAUAUCAAGAAAGGCGCACAUACCACUGAAGAUGAAAUCAACAAACAAAUCAACGACAAAGAGAGGAUCGCCGCCGCAAUGGAGAAUCCGAACUUGAGGAAUCUCGUUGAAAAUUGCAUUGCUGACGAGGAAUAAAUACUAGCACAAUGGCGCCCGACGCAGCAUUCUCAAACAUAAGCGACAAAAACGAAUUCACAAAGUUCACCAAAUUCUUAGCGUAUAAAGGUGUUCAGGUUAUAGUAGAAUCAAGGAAAGGGGUUAAAAUAGAACCGAAUAGCAAACCGCAAUCGUCAGAUACAGAUUGGUUCAACCUCCAAAUACCAGACACUCCUGAGGUCAACCAAGCAACUAAGAAUGCUCUUCCAUCCGAUAGAGUUCUUGAAACCAUUCGAUCGCAGCUACACGUAGAAAUAUCAGUACAAACUGAAGAUGGAGAUGAAAUGGUACUCGAAUUAUGGACCCUAGAAUUAGACGAGACUCAAUUUGAUACCUCGUUGAAGGCAAUGAACACAGUAUACUUCCGUAUGGGGAUCUUAUUGAAGUCUCUAAUCGCAGUCACGAGAAUUACUCCCGCAUAUCAUUUAUCGAGGAAACAGAGAACAGAGUCAUUUACAAUAUUCUAUAGAGUUUAUAAUGGAGAACCAAAAAUGAAGGCCUUAGGUGAAUCUGUUAAGAAAAUCCAAGCUGGGAUGCUGAAGACUCCUCUAGGAGCUAUAUGCUUCUCAGUCUCAUACAGAACCAACUUUUCCAUAUCUCCAAAUAGAACGGAGAAAAACAAAUUGCUCUUACUGAAGAGCGACCAUUUUGAACUAAGUCCAAAGCACGUAAUUUUCGAGUCGAAAAAAAAGAAGGAUCCAAAAAAGGAACCUAAGCCUUUUGGUCCCGUUGAUUUGAAUAGACCCUUACGUUUAGCUGCCUUUGUCGAUGAAAACGUCAUAAAACAAGCAUUUGACGACUUCUUUACUAAGAUCCCUGUACCCAAAGGUAGGAAGCGACCAAAAACUCCACUAAGGACUAGCCCUAUAGAGCUCAAAAGUACUCAAGAGCUAGAUAUCACAACGUUAUCCAAAAGUCCUACAUCUUUAGAAAUGCCGCCAAAAAAGUUCUCAGGUUUCAGAAAUGAGAACGAACCACCAUUGAAACUUCUUCAUUUUCCUUUCGCCGACCACCAUCCAAUCAGAGAGCUUGCGGAGUUUUACAAGGACUUCUUCAACGCUCCACAUUUGAAAUUAGCCGACGAUCUUGUCCGAUCGAAGUCGAGGAGUCCCGAAUCGGUGAAGGAGAUGGAACUGGCCAGCGAGGAUUUGUCAAAAGACCUGGAGUUGUAUGAGAACUCUGUGCUUGAAUUUGAUGAGUUGCUUGCUGAUAUGUGUAGAUCGGCUGAAUGGAGUGGGAAUUGAGGGAACAAAGUAUUGCCACAAAAUGUUGGUAUGAGGACCCAAUCCAAUUGUGUUUGCCUACACAAGAAUACCAGCAUGGUUGAAAUUGACAUAUUGAAGAGGAUUUGUGAAGGUGAGGUACCAGAUUUUGUGGCACCA